AACUACGUCACAUUUCUUGUUUGCUAUGGAACGCGGUAGAAUAUGCGCAGCGCUUGUAUUUGGUUGUUCACAGUAUUUUGUACAGAACAUAUUAGAUAACACUAAUUAUACAUUACCAUAUAGUCACAAUUACUAAGAAGAAAGCAAUAAAUAAUACGAUGAUACGGAAAUUUGAGACGCAUCUUCAACUUCAUUAGCUGAAGAAAAGAUUACAGUGAACGUCACUAUAAAGCCGAGUGACGUCAAACUCGAAAUUUUGAAUUGCCGCUGUUAUUGUUGACCUUAAGCCUUUCUUGUGAUCGAAUUCUACGGGGAGCAUUAUCAUGACAAGUCUACUAAAAACUCAGCUAAAAAUUCACUCACCAGAACUUCCGGUUUCUAUUUAGAUUUUUCUAUGCUGAACAAAGGCACUUCCGUUGUGCGGUUUUCACUUUAAGAAGGUCAAAAUGCUGGAAAACAUUUUGUCACGUCACGAAGUUGUAGACAAACGGUCGGGAAACGGAAAUACGUCGUCGGUAGUGGUAUACCUCGUCGACAUAUACAUUCACGCGUAAACAUUAUUUGCCACAGCUGAAAAUUGGGUACACUAGCAAGAUGUAUAGUACAGACUCGGCUGGUUUUUACCUCACUCAAGUUUACUUUCUGUUUGGAAUCAGGGUGGAGAUGAUAACGUGCAUGUGUCUAUGUGUGUAUUAAACAUAUUUCAACAAUAGAAAGUUUAUCUGAGAUAUCCAUUCGAAAGUGAAAAAUGCACAAAACCUUUACACCGUUCGAACUGGGUGUGGUUACGACCAUAGCAGAACGACGACCGACAAUUCGGAGGGGGAUAUUAUCCGAUUUAAUAGAGGAACAUGUUGAUUUGGAGCAGGAAAGUGAUUCUCCAAAACAAAGUCAUCGACUACACGAAUCCGGCAGCAGUUUACCUUCACCAGAGGAGGAGUCGCAACUGUUGGUUCCUCCAUCUGCACACUCUGUUAGCGACUGCGAUACCGAAGAUGACGAUUUGAAUAAUUUUGUUUUGGUGAAAGAAGAUCGUAGUUCCGCGAGAAAAAAUGAUGAAAAAUUAACAACGGAUCAGGAUAAGACACUCGGCCACUCAGAGAAUGAUGAACUGACUUCUAAAAACAUAAACUCUUGGAAUAUAACGUAUUCCAUUCAAUUGGGUCUGCGCCAUGCAGUUAGAGGACGGUCAGAAAAACCGGAAAGAGAUAUCCUGAUGCGAGAUUUCAAAACCAUCGAGUCACAAUAUUUUUCUUUCCAAGGAUCAGAGCAAAUCCCCGAUGCGCAUCGAUACUCUGACUUUCGUUUCGAGUCAUUCGCUCCCGUUGCUUUUCACUAUUUCCGUAAUCUCUUCUGCAUUCAUCCCCAAGAAUUUCUGCUAUCGUUGUGCAAUCAGCCGUUAAGAGAGUUGGGCAAUUCGGGAGCAAGUGGAUCAAUUUUCUACGUGUCAGCCGACGAUGAGUUCAUCAUCAAGACUGUACAAUACCAAGAAGGAAAUUUUCUUCAGAAAUUGCUUCCUGGAUAUAAUAUGAACCUCAAUCAGAAUCCCAGGACGCUGUUGCCAAAAUUUUUCGGUUUCUACUCUUACAUUUGUAACGCGAAGCACAUGCGGAUGGUAGUAAUGAACAACUUACUGCCGUCUUCAAUAAAACUCCACGAGAAAUAUGAUCUUAAGGGUUCUACCUUCAACAGAAAGGCAUCGCCGGAAGAACGGAGUAAAUCCGUCCCCACAUUUAAGGAUUUGGAUUUCAUGGAAGUUCAUCCAGGUGGGAUCCUGCUGGAAGCGGAGAUAUACAACGCGCUGAUUAAUUCCAUCCAGCGAGACUGCCGUGUUUUGGAAAGCUUCAAAAUAAUGGACUACAGUCUUUUGGUUGCCAUCCACAAUCUCGAUUCGGCGGCUAAAGAGGAUGCCGAGCAUGGGCAAAACAAUUCGAUUGACGGAGAAAACAGUGCGGGAACUAAAACUUCGUUUCGGACAGCCAAAACUAGUCAAUCGUCAAUUAUUCUUCGAAAGGGUUCCAUCGUCAGUCGCCGAAAACUGGUGGCCCAUUCAACUACGCUAGAAAGUAUCCAGAUGAGAAAUGAACCCAGUGGCAAUAAGGGAGAUUAUAGUCGACUUGACGGGAUACCAGCUCGUAACGCCAAGGGCGAAAGAUUGAUUGUGUUUCUAGGCAUCAUCGACAUUUUGCAGAACUAUCGACUGGCGAAAAAAAUUGAACAUGUGCUAAAGGCAACCAUUCACGAUGGAGAUUCGAUAUCGGUUCACCAUCCUGCUUUUUACUCCCAGCGUUUCCAAAACUUCAUGGCUAAUCAGGUCUUCCGAAAAAUUUCCUCGUGUUAAUCAAAAUGGAUGAAUUAUUUGUCAUUCCAUGCCAAAAGUUCAUUCGAUCUGGCGUUUUGAUAUUAUCAAACCUUGAAAAUACAUUUGUUGUUAAGUUGAA